ACGCCGGAAUGAGAGUAUAGUUCUUAAGAAAUAAUCUUUUUUGAGUAACGACCCCAACACUGGCUACGUCCUUGCUGGAGUGUGAUGUGAUUUGUGUCAUGUGCAGGUGCGAUGGAUCGCGUGCAAACCAAUAGGGUGUCGGAAUGGUUUGCAUCCACCUUGUCCUUGAAGCUGGUUUAUUUUCCCAUCUCGAGAACUUCCCCAGUUGGUCUUUGAAGAAAUUUCAGCAUAAGCUUGGAGGAAAAACAAGCUUCACCCAAAAGAACCGGCACUCAAACGACUGCCAGGUAAAUCGGAAUCCACAUGCGAUAACCUGUUGGAACGUAGCUGACGUAGACACUUUAAAACUCCAUUGCGUGCGAAACGAACCAAUAGGAGCUCGAGAGAGGCGGGACUUCGGCCGUAACACAGACACGUGUACACAGGGAAGCAGGAAGUGAAGCAGUUCAGUUGGUGUCUAAACAGCACCAUGAUUGCAGGCGUCAGUCCUGUGGUUCAGGCCCUGCUGGGGACCCUGUUCACCUGGGGUCUCACCGCAGCUGGAGCCGCUCUCGUCUUCGUCUUCUCCAGCAGACAGAAGCGGGUCUUGGAUGGCAGUCUGGGAUUUGCCGCAGGGGUCAUGCUGGCGGCCUCCUAUUGGUCUCUGCUGGCUCCUGCUAUCGAGAUGGCCGAGGAGUCUGGGAAAUACGGCGACUUUGCCUUCUUCCCUGUCGCUGUGGGUUUCGCACUCGGUGCUCUGUUCGUUUACAUCGCAGACGUGAUGAUGCCCGUUCUGGGUAUCGGGAUGGACCCUCACGUGGCUCUGGCGCUGCCGUCUGAUGCCAAACUGGCCAAAGAGAAGAAGAAGAGCUCGAUGGCCGGCCUGUCGGAGGAGGAGGAGCUGUCCAUCAGGAUAGGUAGAGCAGGAGUUCACUCAGAUAAAAUCGAGAAUGGAGAGGUGUACCAGAGACGCAGGGGUCCCAACACGGGCCACGCGGAGGAGCAGGACGUGAGUCCUAAAGCACAGGAAGUGAGCGGUCAAACAGGAAGCAGCUGGAGGCGAAUCGUUCUGCUGAUCCUGGCCAUCACUAUACACAACAUUCCCGAGGGUUUGGCUGUUGGCGUGGGCUUUGGAGCGGUCGGUAAAACUCCCUCGGCUACGUUUGAAAGCGCCAGAAAUCUGGCUAUUGGCAUUGGCAUUCAGAACUUUCCAGAAGGCCUUGCCGUGAGUCUCCCGUUGCGGGGUUCUGGGGUGUCCACAUGGCGAUCCUUUUGGUACGGGCAGCUGAGCGGGAUGGUGGAACCUCUGGCGGGGUUGCUAGGGGCCGUUGCCGUGGUGCUGGCGGAGCCGUUGCUACCGUACGCUCUGGCCUUCGCUGCAGGAGCCAUGGUGUAUGUGGUGGUUGAUGACAUCAUUCCUGAAGCCCAAGUCAGCGGGAACGGGAAACUGGCCUCAUGGAUGUCCAUUCUGGGCUUCAUCGUCAUGAUGUCACUGGAUGUGGGGCUUGGCUGAGCCUUUUCAUUGGUCGAAUCUUUGAAUGUCAGCUGACUACACGGAAAAAAGUGACCAAAGCAGCCUUUCUUCUCUGUGUAUAGGUUUAUUGAUCAUUGGAAUAUUUUUCUACUUAAUGUAUUUCAUGUAAUUUUUUUGUUGUUUUAUUUGUUUUAUAUGGAAGCCUGUUUCUGCCACUGGUUAAAAAAAUAAAAAAGGUAAUUGCAACUUUUUUGGGGGAGAAAAAUGUCAGAAUUGCGAGUUGUAAAGUCACAAUUUGGAGAAAUAAAAGUUGCAACUCUGAGAAAUAGUCACAAUUGUAAGAAAAUAGUUUUUUGUCCUCUAAAUUGGGCUUUAAAAACUCAGAAUUGUGAUACAUAGUCACAAUUUUGAGAAAUAAAAGUCACAAUUCUGAGAAAUAGUCACAAUUGUAAGAAAACAGUCUUUUUUCCUAAAAAUUGGAUUUUAAAAACUCAUAACUGCAAGUCUUCGUCUCACAAUUCUGAGAAAAGAAGUCAGAAUUACAAGGGAAAAAAAUCCAGAAUUGUGAGAUAAAAAGACAAUCAUCUUUUCUUAUUUUUUAUUCAGUGGCGGAAACAGGCUUCCGUAGUUUUAUGAAUGACUCACGGACCACAUUUAUUUAGACAGGGCGGAAAGAUUGAUUGCAAAAUACUUGAAAAAUUAUUCAAACUUGAAUGAGUGACUUGAGGGGUUGUUUAGGUGUGUGUGUGUGUGUGUGUUUCCCAUCAUUAAUUUAAAGACCAUAUGUUCUCAAUAUUGUUGUGCACUCAUUUGAAUGAAAGGCAAUGAUGACUAAGUAAAUUGGAUGUUUUUGAACUAGUCUUUCCAGUCAGCUGUUUGCUUUCAAGUUAUUAAAUGAAGUUGACAUUUUAUGGGCGAUGUUAUGUUUUUUUUUCCUGAUGAUUACAGAUAUGCAACAGGACUAUGAAUAGGUGAAAUGUAAGUUAAAUUCACAUGUGUAAAUGAUGUAAAAGGAUUACUGUACAACCCAUUUGUGUUCAUUUGUUCUGCACUGUGUGUGAAAGACUUUGAACUGUUUUAAUUUAAUUGCUCAAACAGGGAGAAAGAAGUAAUAAACUGAUUUUCUAA